CGUACACGUACCGGGAAAUUUGAAAAAUAAAUGCAUGCAAACGCAACGGAAUUUUUGGCGUCCACAUUGCUGAAAAUAUCUAGUUUCGACAGCAAGAUUAAUCUGGAAAUAUUUUAAGAUGGAGCGAGACAACGAAUCGAAGUCUACCGAUGAAUGGGAACUGAGUAAAGAGAAUGUUCUGCCUUUGAAACAAGGUCGAAAAAUGACGAAUCUCACGGCUGCUCUUCAGCCACAAAAUUUUGAUCGGCAGCAGCAGCUGAUUUUGCAGAGACAGGGUUUUGAGACUGAGUUGAGAAGCUAUAAUGGAGAUGAUCCCCUAGAUCCUUGGAUUCGAUACAUUCAUUGGACAGAGCAGAACUUCCCUCAGGGUGGCAAGGAUUCUCACCUGGGUGUACUCAUACAGAAGUGCAUUAUCCAGUUCAAAAACAACGAACUCUACAAACAAGAUAGUCGAUAUGUUUCCAUCUGGCUUAAAAUGUAUGCAAUCCAGGCUCAGUAUGACAGUGAGAGUUUGGAAAUAUUCAAGUUUAUGCAAGCUAACCAGAUUGGGACCAAGUUGACUGUGUUUUAUGAGGCAUGGGCCAGUGAGCUGGAACAAGCAGGGAACACUAAGAGAGCUGAUGCCAUCUAUAAAGAGGGUCUGGCUUGUAAUGCACAACCACGGGAAAGGCUUGAAAGAGCCAUGAUUGAAUUUCAAUCACGUGUUGGUCGGAUUACUGUGCAGCAGAUGCAGGAAGGAAUGAUGAAUCCUACUACCUCUUCUGAAGAUCAGCGAGCCACUCUCAGUGAUCUCAGGGCUAGGGGGAAGCUUCAGAAAGUAGGCACAAGUCGAACUGGAGCUGCUAAGCUUUCAAGUCGGGGUGGUCUUCAGACUGCUUCAGCCCCACUACAACAGCGAACCAACCAGAUAAGCAUAUUCUGUGAUGACGAUGUUCAGAGUUCAGGGGCAGCCAAACCUGCAGGGCAGUGGCAGCACCUGCCAUCUCGGGCUGAGUCACGAAAGGAGAACACCACUUCGGCUGGUCAGUGGGCAGGUCAAAGGCUUCCACAGAGGAAUGUACCAAGGAUGACAUUUCAAGAAGUUAGCAGCUACUCUAGACCAGAUUUUGAUGUCCAUGUGGAUGAACAUGCAGAUCAGAUAACAACUCCACGUAAGCCACCAGAAAUGGGUUACCAAGUUUUGAGUGAAAAGAAGCACCAUAAACCAACAAAUGCCUUGAAUGCUAUCAAACAGGAAAAUGUGAAUGACAACACAAGAGUGAUGUACUGCAAGCACCUUAUCUAUGGUGGCGCUCGAGAGAUGUCUUUUGAAGAACUACGUGGUAUCAAGGACAGGACAAAGAGAAAAGAGAGAGAAAUACAAGCUAAAAUGGAAGAAGCUGAAAGGAUGCGAGUAGACAUGGUUAGGAAGCAGAAGGAACAAGAUGAAAUGAUUGCAAAGAUGCAGGAGAAAUUAGAACAACAGAGGAUCCAGCAGGAGCAGUAUAUUGAGUUACUUGUGAAACAGAAGAUGGAGGCUAUGGCUCCCAAACUGUCUCAGCAGGUGCAACCCACAGCGGUUCAUCCCACACCCACUUUACCCCCACAGCCUGCGCCAAUGGCACCAGCUUACUUUGCACCAGUGGAACCCCAGCAGCCUGCUCAAGUAGCACCACCACAACCGGCACCAACAGUACCCACUGCCCAGUAUGCAUUGUCUCAAGAAGGCUUCCAGACACAAGGGUCUUCAAGCAAAUCUACUGGUCUCUCUCAUACCUCACCCUUGGAUAGUAUAGUAGCCUGUGAGAAUAUCACCAAGCAGAGGAAUAGAUCAAACUCAGGAGGAGACUCUACUAUCACUUGUACAAAGCAGCUUCUAUUUGAUGAUCUGACAAGCGCAACUGGAAACUUCAAUAUAUUCUGUGACCCAGAUCAGGAUCCUCCAGCUAAACCAGCCCCUCAGUACCCCACAGUAGCUGCAGCUAAGCCACCAAGUGCUCCCCUGAUGGCAGCUCCAACUCCCUGCAACCCAUCUUCCACCUCCGCUUUCUCCAUCCACCCGCAAUCUGUGACUGCUCCACUUUCGAAGAUUAGACCUCAGACAGAACAAGACACUAUUACCCCAAAUCAAAGCUUCCUGUCCAAUACCAGCUCAACAGUAACCCAAGGAACAGGCCUCAAUGACGAGAAGACACCCCAAUCCUCCAUGAUGAGCGACAAGACUCCAUCCUCUGCAUCUUUUGCAUCGUUGAGCCGCUCCAGGAACGGUCGGUUGAACCAAAUACGAACCCCUAAGGGUCUGACUGCGCCCUCGCCGACCAUCAACACCAAGGAAGCCCUAGGAGUGAUUAAUGCUAUGCUCAAUUGCUCUUUGAAGAGUAAUCAGUUUGAUUUGGAUUCUGAAUUCCAGAAUCAAGUCACCCACAAGGAGAAAGAAUUUGAGAUGGAAUUUGCAAAUGAGAGUAGCGAUGUAAAGCCAUUGAGCAAGGGUGCAAUAUUUGAAGAUGCCAGUGCUGACAACCACAUGAGAGGUUUUGUAGGACAAGGCAUCGUUCCUCGAAGACAGCCUCUGGCUCCAAGGAUGGGUCAGUCCAACGAAGCACCACAACAAGUAGUUCCACCAUCAUCUGCCUUCUCCUCCUCCAUACCUAUCUAUCAAGAUGAUGUCAAGCCAGAGAUCAAAGAGACAGGUGCUGGAAAGAUCACCAUAUUUGAAGAUGAGCCAGUGGACAAUACCAAAGAAAACACGCCUCCAUCAGAUUACAAGCAAGUGAAAGAUAGGAGAGAGAUGACAGGUAUUCUGCAAUCUUCAAAGGGUGUACCAUUCAUGCCCCUAGAGGAUCAGGAGCAAGAAGAUGAUGGAGUGGAAGCAAUGGAAGUACACCCCAGCAGUGAUCCUUCUCAACAGCGUGACCAUACCAUGAAUAUAACCCUACCACCAACGGGAGCUGGCUCUAAUUACUCCUUUGAUUUAGCAGCCCGUAUGGCUUCAACACCCUUCAACGAUGCAUCUUCCCACAAGCUUUCUUUCAUACCCCCUAUGAGUACUAUCAAACCGAGGGAGGUGGAGCAGUCCCCCACCAAAGGAGAGGUAGUUCUGCCCAGUGGGGCUUCUGAUGUCGAGGGAUUGAAGGUUGGUGCUUCUGCUUCUAGAGUGGUAAACACGCCAGUCAAUGAGAGCUUUGAGAAGACUGAAUUCACUGUUAAUCAUUCAGGUGGACAUCUUAGCCCUAUCAUGGAGACAAGUGCAGAGAAUGCCCGAUCAUCGGCCUCAAGCUCUGCCUCAACCACCAACUCACAUGCCUCUGCUUCCUCUCUGGAAGGUCACCAGUCAUCAAUCACCACUCAAGUAGAAAGAGAGAAAAAUGUUGCACCAUCUGUCCAAGGUUUCAGCAUCCACAUUGAUGAAGAUCCUCCCGUCCAAUGUCAGAAACAGGCUGGAUCUUCGUCUUUGGGCUUUCAAAUCCAUGUUGACAACCCAGAGCCCAGUGCUGCCUUGGAGGCUGGCAACAACUCCUGUGCACAGGACCAACACAUCCAGAUGGGAGGAGCAGAAUUGUCAAGGAAAGAGAUGUCCUUCAACACCCAAUCGUUUCUCGAAUCACAACCAAAGUCAAAUGACAAUGGCCUCCUGCACAAGGAUGAUCUGCCAAACUUGGAGAUGAGUUUUAUCCCAGAUAGGACAAUCCAGGAUGUGGAACAAGUGGAGGAGGACAUCACUGUCUUUGGAAUGCGAGAUGAACCUCUUGACUACAGUGACCCGUUCAAUGCUGGUCUUCAGAACCUUCUACUGGUUGGCCUAUCCAAACCACUGUCCAUGUAUAAAGGAAUCUAUCAGCAUGAACAAGUGAUGCCAGAAAUCAAGCCAAGCCUUGCUGUUAGCUUUGGUGAUGAGAUCCAUGUGUUUAAUGUGAUGAAGAAGGUAGGAGAGGGAGCCUUUGCUACCAUCUACCUGGCUGCAUGCCUUGAUGCACAGGACAUGAAUGACCUAGAGGAUGAGUUCCGCAGAGUAGCCCUCAAGGUCCAACACCCUCCAUGCCCCUGGGAGAUGUACAUCAUCAAAGAGUUACAUGCUAGACUUAGCAGAUUGCCCUCCCAGAUCGAUGUGCGUCCGUCCUUGAUGAAUGCUGAAUGUGCACACAUCUACCAAGAUAAGAGCUGCCUUGUGACCGAGUACGAAACUAAAGGCACCCUUCUUGAUUUCAUCAACACAUACAAGCAACGGAAAGGAAGAGAUAUGCGAGAACAGUGGGUCUUGAUCCUGGCUAUCGAGAUCCUGCAGGUUAUAGAACACAUGCAUCGAUGUAAGAUCAUCCAUGGUGAUAUCAAGCCUGAUAACUUCCUUAUCAAUUCAAAGAAUGAUGAGAAAACAUGCAAUCAGGAUGCUGCCUCUGGAAACUUUAUAAAGCUGAUUGACUUUGGGCGUAGCAUCGACAUGACCCUCUUCCCUGAGGGUACAACGUUCACAGCCAAAUGUAAGACCAGUGGGUUCAACUGUACAGAGAUGCAGUCUAAUCAACCAUGGACAUACCAGGUUGAUUAUUAUGGAAUUGCUGGCACCAUCCAUUGCAUGAUGUUUGGAAAGUACAUGAAGGUCUUCAAAGAGAGAGGCAUCUGGAAAAUGACAUCCACAGUCCCAAGAAAGUGCAAGGCCAACUGGAAGGGUUUCUUUCAUACCUUACUUAAUGUACCGAGCUGUGACCCCUCUGACCUCCCUCAUCUUGGUGACCUAAGGAGACAGCUAGAGCAAUAUGUUGAUCCUUCAACAAAAUCAGAACUUCAGUUCAACGUAAAUGCCCUCUUGUAACAGUAACAUUCAAAAGGCACUAACUUGAAGCUUGAAUAAUCAGAAUUUCAGUUCAACGUAAAUGCCCUAUUGUAACAAUAACAUUCAAAAGGCACUAGCUUAAAGCUUGAAUGGCAAACACUUCUCGUUACUACAUAUGGAUUAAAGUAUAAAGGCUUUCAUUUAGAGUAGUGACCUACAAUUUGCUCCUGCAUCAAUUCUUGAUUUCAAUGAAGAUUAACCCAUUCAGGUACAGGACUUUCUAUGAUAAUCUUGACUACUCUUUUUUUAUAUAAAAGGAAUGAUAUUUGAAAGUCAAUUUUCAAUUUAAGGACGUUCCCCAGUUAUGUUUGUGGGCAUCCAUAUCUGCGCAUAUUUUAUGCCAUGCGUGUUGAUGUCACAAUAAGUGAACAGGUUGAGUAAUCAUCUGCCGGUAACAGUUGAUUUUUCCAGUCAUUGCCACUCAAACAGCAAAUCUUGAUGUGAUAUUUUAUGAAGCUAUUACCUGAAAAAAAAUCUAUGGACCACUUUUUAAAUGCCUGUAUCCCUUCAGAAUACUUUACACUGCAGUGCUGCAAAGUAUGCAAAUAUGACCUCGAGUUUGAUUAAAUGGGAUAGUGGCGUAGAAUUUCCCUUUAUGUAGAUACAUGCCUUUUGAUGCGUUUUUAAAAGCAUAUUUGCUUAACAAAAGUGCUAAUAGUUUGAAAGCAAGCACAUAAACCCCCAAAUUUUAAUAUUCACACCUCUUUAGUGUACAAAAUUUGGUGAAAAUGACAGGUUUUAAUAAAAUGUAGCAUUUAUUGUAUUUCUUAAAUUUUUACAUAAAUUUCAAUUUUUUAGAUAUGUUUUUGUUGUCUUUCACACCUUAUUUUCAAAAUUGAAUGUGCUGCUACUCUUUAAGAGGGAAGGAAUAGCAAUAUAAGUGGAUUCUUUAUCUCUAGUAUAUAAGUCUGAACUAUAAUGUAAAAUUUGGUGAAAUUUAGACAGAUUUUGACUGAGUAAUAGAGGUUUAAACUCAACAUCAUGCUCUCAUAGGGUCUAAAAAUGCAAAAUUAUUUUUAUCGCAUACUUCUUGAGACCUUUCAAAUGAGUAAAGAAUCGAUAGCAAAAAAUCAAGCAUAUGAACCCAUGUAAAUUUCUGCAUAUUUGGAAUACAUGUAUUUAAGUAGUACAAAAACUCCAGGCAAAAUUUGGUGACAAUGACAUAGAUUUCAAUUUAACUGUGGAACGUCCUUAAAUAGUAACUAAAUAUUUUCUCAUUCUGUUGCCAAUUUGGAGUUCAUAAUUGUGAGAAUGUGGUUAUGUUAAGUGCUGGGUAAUAAUAUAUUUGGCCUGAUGUGCAGACUAUAUGCAGCAAAAGCCACUGCCUUGAAUCACUAGAAUUCAUCUCUUCCAGUGGCCAUAGUGAGAGUAGUAAUUUGCAACCUCAUUUUGGGGGGCUUGUGUUUUAUGACAAGUAACAU